AAUAUUAACGGUCAAAAUGCGGUCACUCUGUUCACGUCCCGUCACGCAAGCAUCGUCGUCCAUUUUUGCUAAGAAGCGAGACGAAAAUUUGUAAAUUAUAUCUAGCGAGUCGCCGAGGACGAACAACUAUUGACAGUGCAUUUCAGUGGCCUUUGGAAUACUGCUCAAACAACCAGCAAGCAAUAACAUUAACUAUAUCUAACCGAAAACCUAAAUUAAUCACCCAAACCGAAGUACGGACGUGAAUGUAAGUUGGUAUGUGCCAGCGGACUAGUGGCACAAUAAAAAAGUAAAUAAAGCGCGUGUGAAGUGGUGCAGAAAGCAAAAAGGCAGUCGGAAGGAAAAAUUCAAAUACGCAUUAAUCCGACGCUUGAUCUUCCAUCUGCAGCAUCCAUCAUCCGGAAUCGAGGCAAUAAUCAGCAGCUACCGACAAUCAAGCAAGCCAUCUAUUCAUCAGAAGACCACCGGGUAGUAGAACCUCAACCAUAGCGAUGGCCUGUGCAACCCUGAAACGAGCCCUAGACUGGGAGUCGAUGAACCAGCGGCCUCCGAAGCGCCGGCGCUGCAAUCCUUUUGGACAGGCCGGGAGCAAUGCAGGUCCAGCGUCGCCAUCCCGCGACGGUCCCAGCACCUCGGCGGGUCUGCCCCACACGCCCAGCAACCGAUUCGCCAAGGACAGCACCGAACCCAGUCCGUUCAGUGAGUCGUCGCUGGCCAAAAUGUCACCGGACAAAAUGGCCGAGAGCUUGUGCAAUGAGAUCAAGAGACUGCACAAGCGCAAACAGCUGCCGAUCACAUCGUCGGCCUUGGAGCGCAUGCAGGAUUCGGAGUCCAGCGGAUCGGAGAUGGGUCCGGAGAGUCCGCGCCGCCCGGACAGUCCACAGAACCUGAUGCGCCACGGCGAGAAGGCCCUGUUCACGUUCAAGCAGGUGCAGCUCAUCUGCGAGAGCAUGAUCAAGGAGCGCGAGAAUCAGCUGAGGGAGCGAUACGAGUCCGUGCUGACCACCAAGCUGGCCGAGCAGUACGAUGCCUUUGUGAAGUUCACAUAUGAUCAGAUACAGCGUCGCUACGAGGCAGCGCCUAGCUACCUGUCGUAAAGCUGUGUACGCAGCUGUAGCCUCAGAAAGAAGAAAUUAAUAAUUGCACUACGAUCUUAUGUGACGGUAGAUCUACCGCGACAACAACAGCCCUCAUAAACUAAAACAAACAACAAAUAAGGAAACUAAAGCAAACGCAAAACAAACCAACAAAAAACAAACCUAAAAAGCAAAAAACGAAAAAACAAAAAAAAAAAAAAACAAACUACAACAUACAUCGUGUUUAAUAUAUUUUGAAAUACACGCGAAGAAAACAGUUAUAGUUUAUGCCUAGAUUUACAUAUAUAUUGUAUCGGUUAGCAGCAAAAGGAUUGAAUUAUUUAAAAGCAAGCAUAAACCACAAAAGAGAGAAACCAACAAACCAACUUGUUAAAUUUAUGUUUUUCAAAUAACGCAAAUUCUAAAUAAAAUGACAAAUAUCUAAUAUGAA